AUGUCAAAAGAUAGAGUUACUGUCUUGGUAGCAGCGAAUAUGAGUGGCACAAAGAAGAAGAAAUUGCUCAUUAUUGGAAAGUCACAAAAACCAAGAUGUUUUAGUAGUGUCAAACAAUUACCUGUCGAUUAUGCUAACAAUCGUAAAGCUUGGAUGACGUCAGAUCUUUUUGAAAAGUGGCUUCGAUUUAUUGAAAGCCACGACUGUUUAGAACAUGAAUUUGAUGAAGAAGAUGACAUUCCUUUGUCUUUGUGGUCACAAAAUCUAAAUUCAGAUUCUAUAGCAGCACCGGAAAUGUGGGAAGAUUAUGUAGACAUUGAUAGCGCUCUCCUCACAUUCGAAGAACCCACCGAUGAAAAUAUCAUACAGAAUAUUAAUGCUAAGGAACAACUCGAAAGCGAUGGGAAAGAGGAAGUCGAAGAAGCACCAUUACCAACCGCAGAAGAGGCAUUAAAAGCAGAGGCAUUUUUAAUUUAA